AUGGCAUCAGCUAUUCCCGCCGCGGCUAGCGCGAUAAUCACAUACAGCCACAGUCACACCGUCGCCGUGGUCUCCCGCGCGAAUCCUCGCCAUUCCUCCAUGAUAUCCGCGCGCGGUGCUACAUCCGCGGGGCUACACCUGUAUGCCCCGCAAUUGGCCCGCGGAGGCUACAGCGAGACCCUUUCGAGCCGGCAAUUCACCUUGCGCCGGUCGCUCGCGGAGCGGAAAGCAUUCCGCGGAACUGCAGCCCCGCGCGGAACAAUCUCCCGCAGAAAGGCUAUUCUGGUCUCCGCCAUCCGCGGCGGGGGCGGGGAGGGCGGCCGAAGCGGAGGGGACGAUGUGGCGGAAUGGUGGGAGCGCGAGGAGACGCGCUGGGAGCGCGAGCAGCAGCGGUGGGAGCGGGAAGAGCUGCGCUGGGAGCGCGAGGAAGCGCGGUGGACGCGCGAGCGCGCAUCCCUCGAAGCGGAGAUCGCGGCGCUUGAAGCGGAAGUGGUAUCUCUCCGCGCCGCGCUUACAAGCGCUAGGGGUGGGGGAUUGGCGCAAAGUUCCCUUCUUUCCCCCCAGGCGCAGGCGCAGCUGGCGGAAGGGGUUAGCGGGGGAAUGGGCGGAGGAAUAGGGGGAAGUGGGGGACUGGGGAGUGAUCUAUCAAAGCAGCAGCUGCUGGUGCUGCUGCGGGGGCUAAUGCACCUGCUACAGAUAACUACGGAUAGCCACCGAUCCAGCGAGGUAGCCACGUCAGCAGCGAUUGCCACGUCAUCAGGAGUGAUUGCUGGUGCAGGAGCGGAGAGCCUGCUACAGCUGUUGGGACCAACGAAUUCAGCUGUGGGCGGUGCUACAGCUGGAGCUACAGCCGUUGAUGGAGUUAGAUCUACGGCUAGUGUUGCAGGAGCAACUGCAGAGGAAAUCCUGAGGAACGUUCCCGAUGCUGACAUCAUCGCGGCUGUAGCGUCGCGCACAGUCAACCCGCUCCCUGCUGACGUGGAUGAGCGUGGCUCUGACGUGGCAGUGGCUACACCGAGCGCAACCGUGGCAGCAGUCGCAGGGAAGCAGGAGGAAGGAGCGAGGAAGGGUCAGCGGAAGCUGAAUCGGGGACUGUAUGGAGAUGACGUGGCUCAACUGCAGGCUGCAUUGGCCCGGCAGGGGUUCUACUGUGGGGAGGAGGACGAGGAGGAUUCAUAUUUUGGCGACAACACAGAAAGUGCUGUCAAGACGUGGCAGGCCUCUUCUCUCUCCUCAUCAACGGCCGCUUCGGGGAAACGGGGUUAUGAAAGCAUAGCCUCCCCUCUCCCCCCUCUGCUCCCCCUCCCCCCCAUGCGCCCAUCUCCGGGCAACCAUGCAGCUUCAGGAAGGCAACCAUGCAGCUCCAAGCAGAUGGGAUCGUCACACCAGGCCACUUCACUCCCUCACCCCUUUUCCCCGUCCCCCCUUCCCACCUCGCCUUCCCUCCCCCAUGCUGCCAUCCCCCUCCAGGCAACCAUGAAGCUUCAAGAAGAUGGCAUCGUCACACCGGGCCUCUUCUCUCUCCUCGUUGGCAGUUCCAAACCAGCCGCCGAACCAGCCACCAAACCGACCCCCGAACCAACUCCCAAACUUCCCGCAAAGCCGUCAACCAAGCCCUCCUCUUCAUCCUCCUCACAAGUGUCCCCCCGCGCCCCCCCUGCCACCCGGGAAAAGAGAGAGAUAGAGAGAUACGCGAGGAGUGAUCUGGAAAUGGGGCAGAGACGGGUGUUUCUGCUGGGGGAGAAUCGCUGGGAGGAUCCGAAUACGUUGAUUGGUCGAGGUGGGGAGAGGGACGAGGGGAAGGAGGAGGGCGGGGAGGAGGAGGAGGAGGAGGAGGAGGAGGAGGAGGAGGAGGAGGAGGAGGAGGAGGAGGAGGAGGAGGAGGAGGAGGAGGAGGAGAGGGGGGAGGUGGAGGGGAAGGGAAUGGGGAGAGGAGGGAGGGAUUUGGUGGAUGUGAAGGGGAAGGGGAAGAAGGGGAAGAAGGGAGGGGAGAGGGGGUUGAAGCCUGUUGCAGUCUCGUGCUACCAGUGCAGAGGAGAGGGCAACAUCGUCUGCAUGGAGUGUGAGGGCACUGGGGACCUUAACAGUGGGGAACAGGUUACACCGGCUCCCCCUUGCCAACUCCUCCUUGAUCCGCAUUGGGACCACAUCAAUGCUUCUCACCCAUCUUCCUUCCCUCCUUGCCCAUUUCUCCUACCUUGCACUCCCUUGUCGCUUCCCUUUUCAGAGUGUGAGGGCACUGGGGACCUUAACAUUGCAGACACAGAGUGUGAGGGCACUGGGGAUUUUAACAUCGAAGAACAGGUAACCCCACGUCCCGCCUCUCCUUCACCCCGCGCCCCCCUUCCCCCCCAACCUCCCCCCCUCGUGCAGAGUUUUCUUGACUGGGUGGAGGAGGGUGCUUGUUGCCUCUAUUGCAACGGCACCGGAGCCAUUACGUGUGAUUUGUGCGAUGGUUCUGGCAAGUGA